AUGAAUUCAUCGGAGAAUGGUAAUGAAAUAUCCACCUCGGAUCUGGAAAGGAUUUGGGGCUGGAAUGCCACGGUGCCGGAGGCCGUCAAUCGAUGUGUCCACGAUCUCAUUGCAAAAGUCACGUCCAAACAGCCAACGGCAGAGGCCAUUUGCUCCUGGGAUGGAAGCAUGACAUACAAACAACUCGACAACCACUCGACACGGCUCGCCCAUUACCUAGUCGGCCUUGGCGUUUGCCCGGGCAAAAUCGUACUUUUGUGCUUUGAAAAGUCCAUGUGGACGCCAGUGGCGAUGCUGGCCGUCAUGAAAGCCGGCGGCGCCUCGGUAGCUGUUGACCUGGUCCAGCCCGAAGACCGUCUGCGAGUCAUUGUUCAGCAAGUCGAGCCCGUCUUGAUUCUUUCUUCAUCCAAGCAGCAGCAGCAGUCUGUCGCGAACAAGCUGCUCAGCUCCAUGCCGCCGUCGGCCUCGGUGGUUGUCAUCGACGAGGACCGGCUGUCUAGGCUGCCCAUUCCUCUGAGCAGCGACAGGCUGCCAACAGUCGACCCAAGCAGUCUCUUGUACAUUGUCUUUACGUCGGGCAGCACGGGACGGCCCAAGGGCGUUUCCAUCAGACACUCCAACCUCAGCAGCGCAGUCAAGUACCAGCAGGCGGCGCACGGCUUCAAGCCAGACUCUAGGGUGUACGACUUCGCCUCGUACGCCUUUGACGUGGCCUGGAUGAAUGUGCUGCAUACGUUGACGGCGGGUGGCGUGCUGUGUAUCCCGUCGGAACAAGACCGACGGGACAAUUUUUCAGAGUCCAUUAUACGGCUCGGGGUGACGUAUGCGGAAAUGACGCCGACAAUGGCGUACGUCUUGUCGCCCAAGACGGCAGAAACGCUGCAGACGAUUGUCCUGGGCGGCGAAAAGGCUCAUGCUGAAGCCUUGGACCGCUUUCCCAAGGAUGUCGAGCUGAAGAAUACGUACGGUCCGUCGGAAUGCACGCCAACCUCGACCAUUUCCAAUAUUGAUCGAAGCACCGAGUUCUCUGGCAGUAUAGGUACCGGGUUUGGUGUAAACACGUGGAUUGUAUCGCCGUCCGACCACACCGUGCUGGUCCCUGUUGGAACGGUCGGAGAGCUGGUGAUUGAGGGACCGCUCGUCGGCGCCGGCUACAUUGGCGACCCCGAGAAGACGGCUGCCGUUUUCAUCAAUGACCCUCCAUGGCUGGUCAGCGGCGGUCCCGGUUACAAAGGCCGCAGCGGCCGCGUCUACAAGACUGGCGAUUUGGUGCGGUACAACCAAGACGGCGAAAUCAUCUUUGUCGGCCGUCAGGAUACCCAAAUCAAAGUCAAUGGCCAGAGAACCGAACUGGGCGAGAUUGAACACAUUGUCAAGGAAUGUCUCCUCAAAACGGCUGGCGAUUGCAGAUCCCUUGUUGAGCACAUUACGCCCACUGGCUCAAAAAGACCAGUUCUCGUGGCGUUUGUCGACGUCGACGCCAUGCCCGACGGGGACCUCUACUUUGAAACCCUGAGGAAAAAGGGCGCUGCCCUCGAAGAGCAGCUCACUCGGCGACUUCCUGCCUACAUGACGAUUUUUGCCUUUAUACCCAUAAAGGGCUUCCCUCUCAUGGUUUCAGGCAAGCUAGAUCGCCGGAGCCUUCGUGCCACGGGCGAGGCUUUCAACCUAGAGGAGCUGACGGCAAUGAACCCCUGUCGCAAGGAGAAGCAGUCACCUACUACCGAGACUGAAAAGGCGAUUCAGCAUCUAUGGGCUUCCAUUUUGAAUAUCAGCCCGUCUAGCAUCGGGGUAGAUGACAGCUUCUUGCGUGUGGGCGGCGACUCCAUCACAGUCAUGAAAUUCGUAUCCCUUGCGCGUGAGCAGGGCCUACACCUGACCGUGGCGGAAAUACUCAAAAAACCCCGUCUGGGUGACCUUGCCGCGGGUGUACUGAGCCAAAGCAACAGCAAAAGCCAAAGCAAAAGCAAAAGCAGCGGGCGAGAAGAGACUGUGAAGCCGUUUUCGCUCCUGCAGCCCGGCGGCCUUUCGCCCGAGGAGAUUCGCCUCUACGCAGCCAAGAUUUGCUCCGUCGCGCCAGACAAGAUUGAAGAUGUCUUUCCGUGCACGCCGCUGCAAGAGGGACUGCUUGCGCUGACGGCCAAGCGCGCGGGCGAUUACGUUGCGACGGAGACGUUUGCGCUGCUUCCUGAAGUUGAUCCCGGCCGGUUCCGCACAGCGUGGAAGACGUUUGUGUCGCAGACGCCGAUCUUGCGAACGCGCAUGGUUGAUGUACCUGAUCAAGGCAUUGUGCAAGUCGUCAUUGACGAGGGUCAUCAUCAUGUCUUGGCCAGUGGAGAUGAUACUCGGAGUCUGGAGGAUUAUAUACACGAGCAUGAACAAGUACGCAUGGAACUCGGGACGCCGCUCUUGUAUGCUCGACUGGUGCAGCAAGCGCACGGCAACUGUUUGAUUUGGACAAUUCACCACGCUCUCUUUGAUGGAUGGUCGAUUCCCAUUAUGCUCAAUUUGCUCGAGACCAUUUACCAUAAUGAUGCAAACUUGCCAUCACCACCAUCGCCGCCGUUUCAAGACUUUGUAAAGCACAUUGUCAAGGGUGACCAAGAGCAAGUUUCAGCAUUCUGGGAUAGCCAGUUAUCCAACCUCGACGCUCAGCCCUUUCCUGCACUACCAGCAGCAGAUUACGAGCCCCGUCCAAAUGCCAAACUGCACCACCACAUCAACGACGUGCAGUGGCCGCAAGCCGCCGGCGUCACGCCCACCAUGGCGCUUCGAGCCGCCUGGGCCAUUGUCAUUUCCCAAUACACAAACUCCAGAGACGUUUUCUACGGCGUCACAGUCGCUGGCCGACAUGCUCCCGUGCACGGUAUAGAAGCCAUAAUAGGCCCGACAAUCGCCACGGUGCCCCUGCGCGUCCAGCUCGACUAUUCAAAGAGUGUUGGUCAGGUUUUGGCGGACGUGCAGCGGCAAGCGGUCGACAUGAUUGAGUUUGAACAGGCUGGUUUGCUGAGGAUUAGCCGCGUGAGCCGCGCAGCCAGAACCGCGUGCCAGUUUCAAACGCUGCUGGUUGUGCAGCCCAACAACAACAACAACAACAACAACAACAACAACAACAACAACAAGUCGGAGACUAAUACUACUGCUACUACUACUACUACUGCUACCUCUACUGCAAAGAAAUCUACAAUUUUCGCGCCGGGCACCGAGCAAGAGGAAAAGAGUCCAGAUUCUGGAUUCAUCGGAGCAUUUGAUACAUAUGCCAUCAACAUCAUCUGUCACCUCGAGACGGAUGGCGGCGUAUGGCUUCAAAUCAACUACGACGACGACAUUGUCGCACCCGACACGACGGCGCGAAUGGUGGCGCAAAUGGAACACGUGCUCUGGCAAUUGUGCCUCCCGGGCAACCUUGGCAAGACGCUCGGUGAAGCCAUCACCAUUAGCGACACGGACUGGGCGAAUAUCUGGAAAUGGAACGCGCAGGUCCCCGAAGCAGUCGAGCGCUGCGUCCACGCGCUCAUCGCCGACACGACCCAACGCCAGCCCGGCGCUGACGCUAUACACGCGUGGGACGGAACAUUAACAUACGGGGAGCUCGACGUCUGGUCCACCAAGCUGGCCAGCUACCUCGUCAGCCAGGGCGUCGGCACGGGCUCCAUUGUCCCCCUCUGUUUCGAAAAGACCGUGUGGACGCCGGUCGCGAUGCUCGCCGUCAUGAAGACGGGCGCGGCGUCGGUGGCACUGGACCCCGAGCAGCAGCCCGAGCAGCGACUGCGCGCAAUCGUCCAGCAAGUCCGGCCCAAGCUUCUGCUAUCGUCCAUCAAGUACCAAAGCCUUGCCGCGCAGCUCACCACAUCAAUGUCGACUCUAGUCGUGUCGAUUGACCGAGCAUGGCUGCUGCUGCUGACCCAGACACUACUCUCUUCUUCCCCCGAGUCUCUUCUCGCGCUGCCUAUUGUCGAACCAAGCAGUCCACUCUUCAUCCUCUUUACCUCUGGGACGACGGGAACUCCCAAGGGCGUCAUCGUCACGCACUCGAAUUUCAGCAGCGCCAUCCGAUACCAACAAGACUUCUUCGGCUACCGCGAACCGCUUGCGCGCGUCUACGACUUUGCCUCGUACGCCUUUGACGCUGCCUGGCUCAACUUGCUCUUUUCGCUGGCCGGCGGCGCUUGCUUGUGCAUUCCCUCGCAAGAUGAGCGUCGCGACGACCUCGCGGCUUCAAUGGAGCGAUUUCGCGUCACCCACAUCGACAUGACUCCCACCGCUGCCAGUCUUCUCCUCCUCACUGACGCUGCUGCUGCUGCUGCUGCUACCAAGAGACUGCACACUCUGACCCUCGGUGGGGAGCGCCUACUGCCUACAGACGCCCAGCGGUGGUCGAAAUCGGUCAAACAUGUCAAUAAUAUGUACGGGCCUAGUGAAUGCACGGCUACGGCUACGAUAUCACGGGUUACGCCUGAAAUGGUCAGCGGCAGCAUCGGAGUCGGUGUCGGUGUGUGUACGUGGAUUGUCGAUGCGCAAGACUCUUCGUCCCUGGUGCCCGUCGGCUGCGUCGGAGAACUUCUUCUCGAAGGACCCCUGGUCGGCCCAGGCUACCUCGGCCAGCCAGACAAGACGGCAGAGGCCUUCAUCGAGGAUCCUCCCUGGCUGCUGUGCGGAGGCCGACGCGGACGUCUGUACAAGACUGGCGACCUGGUCCGCUACCACCAAGACGGCACUUUAAUCUUUGUGGGCCGAAAAGAUACACAAGUCAAGUUGAACGGCCAGCGUCUCGAGUUGGAGGCAAUAGAGCACGUCAUCCACACAUGUUUUGCCGACGGCGGCUACGGUAGAGCUGUCGUCGACGUCAUCACGCCUAACCAGGGUAAACAGUCAGUGCUGGUCGCGUUCCUGGACAUUGGCAUCGCGGACAAGAAUGACUUUUUCAAGUCAAUGCACAACCGCCAAGCGGAAAUCGAGGAAAGGCUCACCCAGUCUCUCCCAACCAACAUCAUAAUCAGCACAUUCAUACCCAGAAACAAUUUACCACUGACCGCGGCUGGUAAAAUCAACCGCCAAGUCUUGCGCGCGGAAGCGGAAGCUUACACCUUGAGUGAGCUGACGGCCCUCAACCCGUACCACAAGGAGCAAGAAAAGCGACCGCCUACAACCGAGGCUGAGCAAACGAUCCAAGAGCUAUGGUCCUCGACAUUGGGCAUCAGCCCAGACACUAUCAGUGCCGACGAUAGCUUCUUGCGUAUUGGCGGCGACUCUGUCAGCGCCAUGAGAGUCGUGGGACUCGCGCGUUCAAGGGGCCUCUACUUGACCGUGGCCGACAUUCUCAAGCGGCCUCGCUUGAGCGAUCUUGCCACCAUUGUCGGGAAGCUCGUCGAACCCAGCCAGCAGCCCAUUGCACCGUUUUCGCUCGUCCGGUCCGGUAUCGAUGCGCGCCAGACACAACUGGACGCGGCCAAGCUCUGUUCGGUGAGCCCAGAACAAGUCCAGGAUGUGUUCCCUUGCACGCCAUUGCAAGAGGGUCUGCUUGCUUUGACGGCGAGACGAGCCGGAGACUAUGUUGCCCAGGAAGUCUUUGAACUGCGUCAGGAGAUUGACAUUUCACGUUUCCAAGAUGCAUGGCACAAGUGGGUGGCCAACACGCCUAUCCUUAGGACGCGCAUCGUUGAUUUGCCUGGGCAAGGGCUCGUGCAGGUCGUGGUCGAUGAGGGCUACACAUGGCCCGAAACUGCCGUCGCUGAGUCUUCCGAGCAUCUUGGCCACUACAUGCACAUGGACAACAAGCACUCCAUGGGCCUUGGCGCGCCUCUGAUGCGCUUCCGACUGGUUCUUCAGGGCCAGCGACAUUACCUCGUCUGGACCAUUCAUCAUGCCCUCUAUGAUGGAUGGUCAAUGUCCAUCAUGCUGAGCGCCCUUGAGAGCACUUACAACGGCAGCACACUCGCUCCCCCACCACCAUAUCAGGCGUUUGUGCAGUAUGUCAAGACCGUCAGCCACCAGCAGAUUGCCGACUUCUGGAGCCAGCAGCUCCAGGAUCUGGAGGCGCAGGCUUUUCCAGCGCUGCCUUUGCCAAACUAUCGACCCGACUCUCGCCAAUCCAUUGUGCGCUCCAUCAGCGGCCUGUCGUGGCCAAAGACCGACGUCACGCCCACUGUGGUGCUCCGAGCGGCCCUGGCAGUCAUCGUCGCCCAGUAUACAGGCCUGAGAGACGUCAUCUUCGGGACAACCGUCGCAGGCCGUCACGUCCCUGUCCCGGGCGUCGAGCGCAUUGUCGGUCCAACCAUUGCCACCGUGCCUCUGAGGGUGAAGCUGGAUUACUCCCAAAGCGUCACGCAUUUUCUGGCCAUGAUGCAGGAGCAAAUGGCCAAGAUGAUUGAGUACGAGCAGGCUGGUCUGCUGCAAAUCAGCCAACUCAGCCCCGAGGCCAAAGCGGCCUGCCAGUUCCAGACGCUGCUCGUUGUGCAGCCUGACGAGGAAACGCAGACUGCAGGCGGCUUGUUUGCGCCAGAUACCGAGGAAGAGGAUGAAGUCAACACGGAACAGGGUCUGAUUGGAGCGUUUGACACGUACGCCAUCAACAUCAUCUGCCAGUUAAAGCAGGGCGGCGUACGACUCCAAGUCAACUACGACAAGGAAAUCGUGGCAGCUGAGCAAAUGGCAAACAUCAUCUCGCAAAUCGAGUUUAUGCUGCAACAGUUUUGUACCUCGAACCUCGACGAUAAGCUGGGUGACUUUAUCUCUCUCAACACAGUAGAUUUGGCCAACGUCUGGACUUGGAACUCGGUAGUGCCCGAGACUGCUAGUCGCUGUGUACAUGACAUUAUCGCUGUAUCUGUUGCUAGACAGCCCAACGAUGUGGCCGUGCAUGCCUGGGACGGACAGCUAACAUAUCAGGAGCUUGAUACAUGGUCAACCCAAAUAGCUCACUAUCUUGUUACUCUCCGAGUCAAGGGCUUCGUUCCCCUGUGCUUUGAAAAAUCAAUGUGGACGCCGGUCGCGAUGCUCGCUGUCAUGAAGGCUGGUGCCGCAUCGGUGGCAAUGGACCCAGCACAGCCAGAAGAACGGCUCAGGAUGAUUGUACAGCAGGUCAAGGCUACACUGGUACUGUCCUCUGAGAACCAGCGAGACAUUGCGGACCGGCUCGUUGCGGCUACGGCAGCAAGUUCUGUAGUCGUUGGCGAGACGGCGUUGACUCAGCUCCCAGUCCCCGGUCCGACCGCCAAGCUGCCUGUCGUGAAGCCGGAAGAUGCGCUGUACGUCGUCUUCACUUCGGGCAGCACAGGCAAACCCAAGGGUGUCGUGGUCACGCAUUCCAACAUGAGCAGUGCCAUCCAGCAUCAACAGCAGGCUCUCAAAUUCAGCAAAGCUUCGAGAGUGUACGAUUUCGCGUCGUACACGUUCGAUCUCGUCUGGUGCAACCUCCUCCAGGGCCUUGCCGCAGGAGGCACAAUCUGCAUCCCCAGCGACCAGACGAGGAGAACCAGCCCUCUGCAAGGAAUCGGCCAGCUCGAGGCCAAUGUGUCGCUACUCACUCCUUCAACCAUUCGAGCCCUUGACGUGGCGGGAUUGGCUAACCUCGAUACGCUCCAUUUGAUUGGCGAGUCCUUUAGACAGGAUGACAUUGCCUACAUCCCGCACAAGACGGCCAUCCACAACAUGUAUGGACCGAGUGAGUGUACCACAUUUGCAACACUCCAUCGCGUCUCAGAGGCGCGCGGUUCGGAAAAAACCAUUGGCAAGGGAGUAGGUCUGAAUACGUGGGUCACCGAGGUUAGUGACCACAACAUCCUGACGCCCGUCGGAGGCAUUGGUGAGCUAUUGUUGGAAGGGCCUCUAGUGACGCUGGGCUACCUCAACGAGCCCAAGAAAACUGCACAAGUAUUUGUUCAAGACCCGGCUUGGCUGCUGCGCGGCGGCUCAGGACCCAAUCAACCCGGUCGCCAUGGACGUCUGUACAAGACCGGUGACUUGGUGCGUUAUCACCAAGACGGCAGCUUGACCUUUGUCGGCCGCAAGGACACCCAGGUCAAGGUCAACGGUCAGCGCCUCGAACUAGGAGAAGUCGAGCAUGUCGUUCGGAAAUGUCUUCCAAAUGGUGUCAAUGCCGGUGUCGUGGUCGAGCUUAUUACGCCCUCCAAGGGCAUCAAGCCAAUUCUAGUCGCCUUUUUGGACAUUAGUUCAUCAGUCAAAAGCUCCAUCGGCAACGCGAUCGAGGUGUUAAAUGACGCCAUGAAGCCCAUUCUUGUCGGCUUCGAGGAGAGACUCGCCGAGCAGCUUCCUGCCUACAUGACGCCGUCUGCUUUCAUGCCCGUCCUUGGGUUUCCGCUUACCGCAAGCGGCAAGAUGGACCGCCGCAGUCUGCGCGCCAAGGGCGAGGCACUGACCCUGGAAGAAUUGACCGCAAAUGCCGGCCAGCAAGAAAAGCAAGCCCCCGAGACUGUUGCCGAGCGACAGAUUCAGAGCCUGUGGUCUACCGUCCUCAACAUCAGCCCGGAUAGUAUCGGCAGAGAUGAUAGCUUCCUGCGCAUUGGUGGAGACUCCAUCAGUGUCAUGAAGCUCGUAGAGGCCGCGCGUCAGCAAGACGUCUUCCUUACCGUGGCAGACGUGUUCAAGAGCCCUCGACUCAGGGACCUGGCGGCCAGCAUCAACGAGCGCUGCCAAAUUCAGGUGAAAGAAGUCGCCCCAUUCUCACUUCUCCAGCCUAGCUUCAGCUCCGACAAUGUCCGAGCCCAAGCUUCCAAGCUCUGCUCCGUUGCCGCCGACCAGAUCCAAGACAUCUUCCCCUGCACGCCGCUGCAACAAGGUCUGCUCGCGCUCACCGCAAAGCGCGCGGGCGACUAUGUCGGCCAGGAAAUAUUCACCCUUCACCAGACCAUAGACAUUGCCCGCUUCAAAGAGGCUUGGAACAGCCUGGUUGCCGCAACUCCCAUUUUGCGAACACGCAUCAUCGACCUGCCCGGACAAGGCAUUGUGCAGGUUGUGGUCCUAGAACAGCCAGAAUGGCCCACCGACGCCGAAUAUGCCAUCGACCUCAAAUUUCUUGCAGACAAGGAUAGACUCCAGUCGAUGGGCCUGGGCACAUCACUGACACGAUUCCGGCUCGUUCACCAAGCUGGUCACCAUCACCUUGUCUGGACAAUCCACCAUGCCCUCUACGACGGAUGGUCACUGCUGUCCAUGCUCAACUCUCUCGAAAAAGCAUACAAUGGUGAAGAGGCCUCUUCGGCUGUGCUUUUCCAGGGUUUCGUCGCCCACAUGAUCAACAAUGAUCCAGCGCAAGCAGCAGAUUUCUGGGGCCGCGAGAUGGAAGGCCUUGAAGCGCCUAGCUUCCCAGCGCUGCCGACUUUUAAUUACCAACCGAUUGCCAGUCAGUCCAUAAUACGAAAGAUCAGUGGUCUGCGUUGGCCUCGGGUUGAUGUAACUCCUUCUAUCGCAAUCCGAGCCUCUUGGUCCAUUGUCGCUGCUCAAUAUACUGGUGUGGACGACGUUGUGUUUGGCGCAACAAUCGCAGGGCGCAGCGCGGCCGUGCCUGGUGUCGAGUCCAUGGUUGGCCCGGCCAUCGCAACAGUCCCUCUCCGCGUCAGAUUUGACGACCGUUCCAAGACAGUUGCGCAGUUCCUCAUCGGCAUGCAGGAACAAGCUGUAAAAAUGAUUGAGUUUGAACAGACGGGCCUGUCACAGAUCAGCCGGGUGAGUGCAGAGGCGAAAGCAGCAUGUCAGUUUCAAACGCUGCUCGUCGUGCAACCAAUUGAAGAAACCCAAAUCGGCAGCGACCUGUUCCUUCCGGACAGCGAUGACGAUCAAGAGCAGGGUUUCAUGGGGUCCUUUGAUACGUAUGCUGUCAAUGUCAUUAGCGAUCUGGAACAAGAUGGUCUGCAGCUGCAGAUUACGUAUGAUGAAAACAUCAUACCCGUCGAAAACAUGACGAGAAUUGCCGCCCAGAUGGAACACAUUCUUCGACAACUCUGCAACGCCGAUAGGCUGCAUGCUAAGCUGGCCGACGUCAUGUCCAUCAACACGCUGGAUCUGGACGACAUCUGGAAGUGGAAUGCGACGGUUCCAGAGGCCCUCCAUCGCUGCGUGCACGACUUGAUCAAGGAGACGGAGGAUAGACAGCCACAAGCGAUCGCCAUUCAUGCGUGGGACGGCCAGUUCACCUAUCAAGAUCUCGACAAGUGGUCAACACAACUCGCUCAUCAGCUGGUGAAACUUGGGCUGCGUGCAGGGUCCAUCGUGCCCAUUUGCUUUGAAAAGUCUAGGUGGGCAUCAGUGGCGAUGCUGGCGGUGAUGAAGGCUGGCGGCGCAUCGGCAGCAUUGGACCCAGCUCAGUCAGAAGAACGAUUGGCCACGAUUGUUCAACAAGUCCAGCCACAGUUGAUGCUCGCAUCGUCCGGCUGCCAAGAACUUGCCAAGAGACUGGCAGAGCCUCCUGGAACUGCUGUCAUUGCAGUAGGCGAGACGCAGAUCAGCCAACUUGCAACCCAGGACGAUGCCAAGUUGCCAAUAGUCGCACCUCACUGCCCGCUCUUUUUGCUGUUCACGUCUGGAACUACCGGAACCCCCAAGGGUGUCAUUGUCACCCAUUCCAACUUUAGCAGCACAAUCCUCCACCAGCACGGCUACUUUGGCUACGACAACUCUGCUCGGGUCUAUGAUUUCUCAUCGUAUGCUUUCGACGCAGCCUGGCUCAAUCUCCUGCUUUCCCUGGUCGGCGGGGCCUGCCUCUGUGUGCCUUCUGACGACGAGCGCUGCAACGACGUAGCCGAGUCAAUGAAGCGAUAUCAAAUCACGCAUGUUGACAUGACGCCGACGGCCGCCGGCUUGCUACCAGAGAGCGCCCUGCGCAAGCUGCAUACAAUGACGCUCGGCGGGGAGCAGCUCCGGCCUGUGGAUGCGCAGAGGUGGGCAAAGUUGGUCAAGAACGUGCGCAACAUGUACGGUCCCAGCGAGUGCACGGCGACGGCCACGAUUUUGAGCAUCGACUCCCAGGCUAUAGUCAAAGACAGCAUCGGAAAGGGCGUUGGUCUCUGCACCUGGAUCGUUGAUGCAGAGACUUCAAGCUCACUCGUGCCCAUCGGUUGCGUUGGCGAGUUGUUGCUCGAGGGUCCCUUGGUAGGUCCGGGUUAUCUGAACGAGCCCGAGAAAACUGCCGCAGCCUUCAUCGAGGAUCCUGCCUGGCUGGUACGGGGCGGGCUCAACUACACUGGCCGCCGGGGUCGCCUGUAUAAAACGGGCGAUUUGGUUCGCUACCAUCAUGACGGCAGCAUCAUAUAUGUCGGCCGUCGGGACACGCAAGUCAAGAUCAACGGACAGCGUCUCGAGCUGGGUGGGGUUGAACACGUUAUACAAGAGUAUCUCGCCAGCACCGGCGGCGAGACUGGUGUCGUGGUCGAGCUCGUGAAGCCCUUCCAAAGCCACAAGCCCGUCCUCGUGGCCUUCUUGGACUCUACAACAACACCAGUCCAUGAGCUUACGCAAAAGCUCCAAGCCGGCUUGGAGGACGUCCUAAUCCAGUAUCUCCCCACGAGCGUGACCAUCACAACGUUCUUCCCCGUCACUGGCUUCCCGCAGACAGCGACUGGCAAGCUGGACCGUAAGAGCCUGCGCGCCAAGGUGGAAGCGCUCACGCUGCAAGAGCUCACCGCCGCCAACAUUUACCAAAUCGAGAAGCGCUCGCCCAGCACAGACGCCGAGCGUCUGAUGCAAAAGCUCUGGGCCGCGGUGCUGGACAUCAGCAAGGAGAGCAUCGGCGCCGACGACAGCUUCAUGCGUGUCGGUGGCGACUCCAUCAGUGCGAUGAGGCUGGUCGGGGCUGCGCGACAGCGUGGCUACAGUCUGACUGUCGCCGACGUGCUCCUCCAUCCAAAGUUAUCCGACACUUCACAGAGGCUGCGUCGCAUUGAAGAUUAUGAGCCCGCCGAGAGUGCGCCGAAAGCACCCCUCCAGUUGCUGCCAUCCAAGAUAUCCAAUGAGCGUCUUGAAACUGUUCUACAGAAAUGGAGCUCCCGCGAUGAACAGGCGCAGUAUAUUUCCCCCGUCACGGACGAGCAGGCGCGUAGUCUCUCCAUGACGUACUCUGCGUCCCGAAGCAUGCUGUUUUACCACGCCUUCGAUUGCUCCACCGACGUCGACUUGUUGAGCAUGAUCAAGGCGUGCUCGGUUCUGGUGUCACGGUUCGACAUUCUGCGCACCGUCUUCAUCGUGGAGGGCGACUCCUUCUUGCAAGUUGUUCUUCGCUCCAUGAGCCUGGAGGCGCCCACCAUCGUGGCAGAGCAGGGCGAGGAUGUUGAAACGUGCAUGACGGCCCUGCUUCGUCGCGAGUCGUCCAAGGCGCUGGGCCUUGGUGUACCGCUUACCAAGUUCUACAUCAUUUACUCUGAGCAGCAGCACAUGUACAGAGUGAUAUUGCGUCUGUCUCACGCGCAAUUUGAUGCCAUCAGCUUAGGUCAAAUCUGGUCAACUUUCGAGGACGUUUGCAAGGAUGGAAUCAAGGCCAGCUCAGAGCCUGUUUCGAGCUUCACUGCGCACAUAGAGUCCAUUUCCAGGCUUGACAAACCGCAAGCAGUGACUUACUGGCGUGAGUUGCUACAAGGAUGCUCCGUGACGAAGCUAAACGAAAGCAUCUCCCACGAUAUCAAGCACGAUGCGGGGAUUUCGGUGACGAACUCCAUUCCGCAAAGCCAACUCCGUUCAUUGGAUUUCACAUUUUCCACCGUGCUUAGCGCUGCUUGGGCUUAUGUGCUUGCCAAAAGAUCACAGAUUGACGAUGUGGUGCUCGGGAUUUUGGCGCACGGGCGAGACCAAGCUCUUAGCGAGGGUGUCUGCGGACCAUGCGUGAAUGUUGUGCCGCUGCGUGUCACACUUAAAGAUGACUGGCGGGUACAGGAUCUCCUCGGCGCCGUCCAUGCUCAAAGAGUGGCCAGCAUUCCGUAUACUCAGCUUGGCUCUCGCGAAAUUGUGCGCAGCUGCACGGACUGGUCGCAAAAUGCCUACUAUGGCACCGUGAUUCGCCACAAUAGCUACAGUGACGACGAGAACAGGGCGAGUCGCAUGCACAUUUUCGAGUCUCUAGGCUCGAGCGCAGCUCCGGUUGAUAUUGACGAUGUCGAGGUCCACAUCAUUGCUGUUUCGAGCAAUGACAAUAUUGAUGUCGAGAUCUGCUUCGCGGCGAACGUGGUUCCCGCCGAUGUUGCUCAUCAAUUGGCAGCGGACCUGCAGGAAACUAUUCUGCAGUUUUACAAUGGACUGGUUGCGCCUCUGCAUUCUCUGCAGGAGCUGCCUCCUCUGAGUUGCUCGCUGCCUAUACUCUCAAAGCCCGUCCAUGUCAAUGGCAUCGAGGCCAAGACAUUACUGGCGGAGAGCUGCCCACCUGCCAAGACGGAAGCUCUGCGCGCGGCUUGGAAAAGCGUGCUUGGAGAUGGUGUUGAGCUGGAUCUGGAGUCGCCAGAGACGUUUUUCGAUCUGGGAGGUGACUUGAUUGGUGCUGGCGUCCUUGCUGCCCAUGUUGCAAGCCAGGGGUAUCUCAUGAACACCGAGGAUGUCUUUCAGCAUCCAACUUGGCUGUCGCAGCUGGCUUUGCUUGCCGGCCGGGCGCAUUGA